CCACUUAAGCAGCCUUUAUAACAAAAUUGCUUUUGAGUGAAUAUAUGUAAAACUUGGAGAUUCUCUGCCAGAAAUUUCAGUAGACGUUUAAGUUUACCAACGUCAAAAAUUGGGCAAACAUAAUUAAACACACAAUAUUUAACUUAUCACUCAUUUGCAACUAAUAUAACGUUUCAAAGGCUUCACUAUGGCGUCACAUCAAUACCAUCAAAUUGCCAAUUUGCUGGAAAAAAUGACGUCGACGGACAAGGACUUUCGUUUCAUGGCGACAAACGAUUUGAUGACGGAGCUACAGAAAGAUAGCAUUAUUCUGGACGACGAGUCUGAGAAAAAAGUGGUACGAAUGGUGCUGAAGUUGUUGGAGGAUAAGAACGGAGAAGUCCAGAACUUAGCAGUGAAGUGCUUGGGACCGCUCGUAAACAAGGUAAAGGAGAUCCAGGUGGAGACCAUUGUAGAUUCGCUGUGCGCCAACAUGAUGUCGAAUACGGAGCAGCUGCGCGACAUCUCGAGCAUUGGCUUGAAGACAGUGAUUGCCGAACUACCCCAGUCCUCCAACUCCUUGGCCCCAAAUGUCUGCCAAAGAAUUACCGGCAAAUUGAGCACAGCCAUUGAAAAGGAGGACGUCUCUGUAAAACUGGAGUCACUGGACAUAUUAGCUGAUUUGCUUUCCCGCUUUGGGGAGUUUCUGGUACCCUUCCACAGCACCAUUUUGAAGGCCCUGAUGCCCCAGUUGGCCUCCUCACGCCAGGCUGUUCGGAAGCGUACCAUCGUAGCCCUGUCGUUUCUGCUAAUACAGGCCAACAGCAACGCCUACAAUGGUGUCAUUGAUCACCUGCUCGACGGCCUCGAAAACCCACCAAAUCCUGCUGCCAUUCGAACUUACAUUCAAUGCCUGGCUUCGAUAUGUCGACAGGCUGGCCAUAGGCUUUGCAAUCACAUUGAUCGCUCUAUGCUGUUGUUGAGCCAGUACAGUCAACGGGAUGAUGAUGAGUUGCGUGAGUUUUGCCUGCAAGCCUGCGAAGCCUUCGUUAUGCGUUGCCCAGAUGCCAUAAAUCCGCACAUUCCCAUGAUCCUGGAGUUGUGCCUCAACUACAUCACCUACGAUCCAAACUACAACUACGAGACCGAUGAUGGCGAUACUGGCAACGCCAUGGACACAGAGGAUGAUGAGUACGUUGACAGUGAAGAGUACAGUGACGACGAUGAUAUGAGUUGGAAAGUUCGUCGUGCUGCAGCCAAGUGCUUGGAGGUUUUAAUUUCUACGCGCCAGGAGCUCAUUGAAGACUUUUAUCGCAGUUUGAGUCCUGCUUUGAUCGCUCGUUUCAAGGAGCGCGAGGAAAACGUUAAGUCCGACAUAUUUCACGCGUAUGUAGCUUUGCUAAAGAACACUCGCCUGAGCGACGACGUGGCCAACGACCCCGAUUCAAUGGAUCAGGUAUCGGGACCGACGUCACUGCUAAUUGAACAGCUACCACUUAUCGUAAAAGCUAUACAGCCGUUAAUGAGGGAAAAAUCGAUGAAAACUCGUCAAGAUUGCUUCCUCUUACUGCGUGAACUAUUGAAUUCGCUACCAGGCGCCUUGGGUCCUUACUUGGAAAGCAUUGUACCAGGCAUAAGUUAUUCGCUGAAUGACAAGAGUUCAACCAGCAACAUGAAGAUCGAAUCUCUGGGAUUCCUGUAUUCCUUGCUCCAGGGGCAUCCACCUCAUGCUUUUCAUCCACAUAUACCCUCACUGGUGCCCCUUGUGGUAACUUCGGUCUUUGAUCCGUUCUAUAAAAUAGCAACAGAGGCACUUUUAGUGCUACAACAGUUAGUGAAGGUUAUUCGACCAUUGGAAGGAAAUGGUGCAAAGUCGGACUUUGAUGCACCCUCCUUCGUGGGACAGGUUUAUUCGUGCACAUUGCAGAAGUUGAAAGUCACGGAUGUCGACCAGGAGGUAAAAGAGCGAGCCAUCGCUUGCAUGGGACAGAUAAUAGCUAAUAUGGGUGACAUGCUGCAAAACGAGCUGGCCGUUUGUCUGCCAAUCUUCAUGGAGCGCCUGAAAAACGAAGUAACCAGGCUGAGCAGCGUUAAAGCCUUGACUCUGAUCGCAGCAUCAUCCCUUCGCAUUGAUCUAACUCCUAUCCUGCAUGACGUAUUGCCCGCUCUAGGCACAUUCCUGCGUAAAAACCACCGCGCCCUGAAGCUGCACUCUCUCGAUCUUAUAAACAAGAUCGUCAUCAACUACUCAAGCAACUUUGAGGCAAACCUAUUGCAGACAGCCAUUGUUGAGAUACCGCCACUUAUAUCUGACUCAGAUUUGCACGUCGCUCAGUAUUCACUGACUUUAUUAAGCACUGUAGCUCGGAGACAACCCCAAGCACUGGUCGGCAUUCAUGAACAGUUCUUGCGAUCGGUCCUGAUUUUAGUACGCUCUCCAUUACUGCAGGGAUCAGCAUUAAAUUGCACUUUGGAGCUUUUCCAGGCCCUGGUGCAAACACAGCUCUCUGGUCUUGACUAUCAUUCAUUGGUUUCGAAGCUAAUGGCUCCAGUUCUAGCGGGCAAUGGCGACGCCAAUUCCAGAAUCACAGCCGGUGCUCCCAGUGAGGUGGUGCAGCUGCACAAGCAGGCAUAUCAUUCAUCGGCCAAGUGCAUUGCAGCACUUACCCAACAGUGUCCUCAGGUGGCGACCCCAUUGGCCACAAAGCUGAUCACCGAUCUACAGAAGCGCAAUGAUACGGAAAUUAUUUUCUGUUUGCUUACCAUUGGAGAAAUUGGCAGACACUUUGAUCUGAGCACUAUACAGGUUCUGCCGCAAACAAUUAUCGAGUGCUUUGGAGCCACCUCAGAGGAUGUUAAAGCAGCCGCUUCGCAUGCUCUCGGUGCGGUAUCCGUAGGCAGUCUGCAAACUUACUUACCGUUGAUUCUAAAUGAGAUCGAGGUUCAACCCAAGAGACAGUACUUACUUCUGCAUUCGCUAAAGGAGGUUAUUUCAUCAUUGUCGGUGUCGCCAAGCGGACUCGCUCAGCUUUUGCCCUCGGUGCCAUCCAUUUGGAGCCAGCUGUUUAAGCACUGCGAGUGUUCGGAGGAGGGUUCGCGCAACGUGGUGGCCGAGUGUUUGGGUAAACUGGUGUUGGUUAAUCCCGACGAGCUGUUGCCGCAACUACAGCAGGCCUUGCGCUCCGAGAGCGCUACCAUGCGUACAGUGGUGGUCUCGUCUGUAAAGUUCACCAUUUCGGAUCAACCCCAACCCAUUGAUGUGCUGCUCAAGCAAAAUAUUGGCGAGUUCCUAUUCGCCCUUCGAGAUCCGGAGCCACAGGUACGACGCGUCGCUCUAGUGGCCUUUAACUCGGCUGUGCACAACAAGCCUAGCUUAGUGCGUGAUUUGCUGCCCACCCUCUUGCCUUGGUUGUACUCCGAGACAAAGGUGAAGAGCGAACUUAUUAGGGAGGUGGAGAUGGGUCCUUUUAAGCACACUGUUGAUGACGGUCUCGACAUUCGUAAGGCGGCAUUUGAAUGCAUGUACACACUUCUCGAGCAGGGCUUGGAUCGUGUGGAUGUAAUGCAGUUCUUGGACCAUGUGCAGGCUGGUCUCUGCGACCACUACGACAUCAAGAUGCUGACGUACCUGAUGACGGCACGCUUGGCUAUCUUGUGUCCAGAUAAGGUCCUUCUAAGACUUGAUCAAUUUAUACAGCAAUUACGUGAUACGUGCACCCACAAAGUAAAGGCCAAUUCUGUGAAACAGGAGUACGAAAAGCAAGAUGAACUUAAGCGUUCUGCCCUUCGUGCAGUGUCGGCGCUUUCGCAAAUACCCAAAGCAAAUAAAAAUCAGCAGUUGGUAGACUUCCUCAAGUCAAUCAAGGAAACACCAGAAUUGAACAAGACCUACGAGUAUAUACAGAAGGAUUCCAUCACUGGUAGUUCAGAUAUUAUAGUAAUGGAUCAAAGCUAAAAGGGAAACUUGGUUUCUAAUUCCUUUACUUAAAUAAGAAUAUGCGUGUGCGCACAAACAAGUAUCUCUUUUCUGAUAUAGCUUUUAAAUUUUCUAAUAAGAAAUAAAUGCAGAUGACUUGAAA